AAAACGGGCAUAUUCAUUUCGGAGAAAUGUGUGGAGCAAAGAAUAUGGCUUAUUGUUUAAUGAUCCGUUGAUAAUUCAAUAUCUGUUGACCCUUAAAUAAAAAUAAAGAUAAAUAAAAAUAGUAUAUAUAAAAAUAAAUUAAUAAUACUGGCGUUAUAUUAUAUCAAACGUCAUCAUGAAGUGCAUAAUUGUUGCUGUUGUUUUGUGCGUCUUAGCUGCCGCCUACGGAGCUCCUACUAAAGAGCAAAUAGAAGCUAUCAAAAAAGCUCAUGAACAUUGUCAAAGCCAAGAAGCAACUAGAAUUGACGACGAAGUAUGGGAAAAACUUAAACAUGGCGAAAAAGCAGAAAACACAAAACUGCCAAAACAUACCCUAUGUAUGAACGUACAAACUGGACUUCAAAAGGAGAAUGGCGAUAUAAACGUGGAUAAACUUAGAAAAGCUGUAGAAGAAGCUUCUAGUGACCAAAACGUUAUAAACGAAAUCGUAGAACAAUGUGGUACAAAAAAAGGCGACAAUGCUGAAGAAGCUGCUCUUAAUCUUUUCAAAUGCCUUAAUUCCCAUGGUCAUGGACACCAUGGACAUGAACAUGGACAUCAUUGAAGAUUAACUAUACAUAAAUAAAGAAAGGGGGUGAAUAUGUU